AUGAAUCAUUGCCCCACACCUCUUCGGGGAGCGCGGCGAGCCCCGGGCGUGGGGCUCCGGCCCCGGCCGCCCUUUGGCUCAGCCCCGCUGCCCGCGGCUCCGCACCGCGUCUCGACGGGCGCAGCGGCGGCGCCGCAUGCCCGCGAACGGCGGCCUCGCUUCCCCCCCUCUCCCCCUGGCUGCGGGCGCGACGGCAGGGGGUUGCGAAGGCAGCGGAGCCGCCCCGCCGAGCCCUGCCUUCACACGCAGCCCGCCGCGGCAAGUUUGCGGGAGGAGCGGGAGGAGGAGGAAGAGGAGGGUCCGCGGGAGGCAGGUGGGGAGACCACCUUCCAUGGCGCCCCUUCACGGGCCAUACUGCAGGGGCCCAGCCUCGGCCCGGCGCGGGCAGGGGCCGGUGUGGAGGAGCGGCGAGCAGCCACCGCCCCUUAUAUAGCGGGCGGCGCGGCUCCGCUGGCACCGAGCAACCGGUGCCGCUCCCGGGCGGGCUGCCCGCCUGCCCGCGGAGGAGGAGCUGCCGCCUCCCUCUGCCAGCCCUCUCUCCGCACCCACCCGCCGACCGACGGGGGGGCCCCAGUCCCGCGCACCGCCCCUACUCCCAGCCUCAUCCUUUCUCGCACCGUGUCCGCCGUACCGCGGGGCUGGGCGAUGCCCGCGGUCCUCACCAAGCCCCCUAGCAACACCGGGGGGGAACCGCCCCGUCCCUCGCCAGCGCUGCCGGUGCUGAUCGGCGCUCGGAGGUGUGCGUGCGAGAAAGGGCAGGAACGGGCAGGGCGGUGGGGGCCGGAGGUGCAGCUGGGGAGGCGAGGUGCUGUGCGCUGCAGCCGGCCGCAGGAAAGUUUUGCACACAAAGGGAAGUGCGAGCUUGCUUUUUGCUGGGACAACUGGGUGAGGAGAGCCUGGGGCAAGGCCCACAGGGAGGAGCUGGCAGGGCCCAGCGCGGGCGGGGAGCUGCGGGGCAGCGCAGCGCCCCCAGGGGGGCAGCGCAACGCGGAGCUGCUCGGGGCGCUUGGACGGCAGCGGCCGGGAGCUGGCCCUCGCUAUGGAGCCGAGCAGUGGCCCCAGCGGCGGAGCUGCGGCUACAGAAUCAAAGGAGGAAGAGAAAAUCAAGUUUGGUUUUUGAAAAUAUCAAAGCUAGCACUGGCUUUUGCAAUUAUCCACUCCAAACCACCAGGGAAGAGUUGCAAAGAGUACAUUGAGCACCUUGCCAGAACUGUAUCAGAACAAGAAUGUGGAUGGAAAUCAAAAGCUGAAGCGCUGGAAGCUGAAGUUCUUCGGUUACGUCAGGAGCUUCUUUUAAACAAGAUCUGUCCAAGAUUCUGCUUGGAAAACGGAAAACCAGAUGCCUCUGCUAAAACUCCUCUGGAUCAGGAGUGUAUAAACCCUAUGAGUUACUCAAGCCAGCUGGAAGACUCUGGUUGUGAUGUCUCUAGUGACUACGUCUUCGAUUCUUUAGGCUUAGCUUCUGAUUUUCACCAACCUGAGCACAAUGGCAACGUUUCCAAACAGUGGCUGGAAAGAGUUCUCCCACUGAAUCUUUGCAGUACCAGCAAGGAGAAGUCUCUGACUGCUCCAGUGCAGUUUUUGCAACACCUACUUGAAAUAAGAAAACUGUCAGAAGGAGGAAUUCUCCAAGCAGACUUCGCAGAGCUUGAGAAUGAUUCUUUCACCAUAUACAAUUCAGUGUCUCAGUUGCUUGAGGGACUAAUUGUUUUUUACAGCAACCCUGCAUUUCCAUUUUCCAGUUUUCUCACUGAAGCUGUAUGUGUUUUGAUCAGUUUAAUAACUGAUACUAAAUUAUCUAAUCAUGUUUUGAAGAAGUGUUUCAAGAAGCUGGAAGAAUUCGAGAAAAAUCUCAUCCAGAUUAUUUUAAGAGCCAGCAGUGUCAACAGGUUUCAGGCACUGCAUGCUAUUUCACACACCCUGGUUCUGCUGGGAAGGAACAACAUACUAAGAAAAUCCUUAAUAUCUCUUCUGCUCCCAGAAGUCCGUCAGUUUGCUGAGCAGCUGCUUCAAGCUCACCAGAUCCAGGCUGAGUGUGACAUUACCCAGUAUGAGAACAUUUUUCCUCUGUGCAUGAUUCUGGAGCAACUUCUUCAAAACGAGACAGAAGAAAGAAAGGUUUCGAGCUCCGAGUACGACCAAGAAGGGAAAAUCAGAUUUCUGAAGAGCCUUGAUCAAAUUGUUCUUCAUCUGUCAGAUGAAUUCCCUUUGUUUUCUAUAUAUCUCUGGAGAGUGAGUGUUCUUUUGAACUCAGCUCAAACACACAUGGAUUAA